AUAAUAUCUCCGUAUUAUUGCGGGAAUUGCAGAGAUGUUCCGAAAAACAUCCCCCACAUUUCGCACUAUAAAAUAGGUGAAAAAUUUCACUAAAGUUUAUUAACCUUUAAUCGCUAACGAAAAAUGGUGAAUCACCAAUCAGUGAAUCACCAAUCAGUGAAUCACCGAACGGUGAGUCACCAAACGGUGAGUCACCAAACGGUGAAGCACCAAUGGUGGAAAGAAUCUAUAGUAUAUCAAAUAUGGCCUGCUUCAUAUAAGGAUUCUAACGGAGAUGGAGUAGGAGAUAUACGGGGUAUUGUUGAUACAUUAGAUUAUUUAAAAGAAUUAGGUAUUGAUGUCAUUUGGAUAAGUCCUAUGUAUGAUUCACCUCAAGAUGAUAUGGGAUAUGAUAUUAGUGACUAUGAAAAGAUCUAUGAAAAAUAUGGGACUUUGAAUGAUAUGGAAGAUCUCAUAAAUGAGUCUCAUAAGAGAGGGUUAAAGAUUAUAUUAGAUUUGGUUAUAAAUCAUACAUCUAAUCAACAUGAAUGGUUUAAAGAAUCUAGAUCAUCAAAGACUAAUCCAAAAAGAGAUUGGUAUAUUUGGAAACCUCCAAGAUAUGAUGAAAAUGGUAAUCGUCAACCUCCUAAUAAUUGGGGUUCUUAUUUCUCGGGUUCUGCUUGGACAUAUGAUCAAUUAACUGAUGAAUAUUAUUUACAUUUAUUUGCUGAAUCUCAACCUGAUUUAAAUUGGGAAAACAAAUUGGCAAGAGAAGCUAUAUAUAAAUCAGCCAUUUUAUUUUGGCUUCAAAAGGGAAUUGAUGGAUUUAGAAUUGAUACAGCUGGUAUGUAUUCAAAAGUUCAAUCCUUUAAGGAUGUACCGAUUAUUUUCCCUGAUAAAGACUUUCAGCCAUGUAAACUUUAUCAUCAACAUGGACCUAGGAUUCAUGAAUUUCAUAAGGAAAUAUAUGAAAGAUUUAUAGAACCAUUUAAUGCUAUAACUGUGGGAGAAGUUGGACAUUCUACAAGAGAAGAAUCUUUAAAAUAUGUUAGUGAAGAAGCUAAAGAAAUGAAUAUGAUGUUUUUAUUUGAUGUUGUUGAAGUAGGAGUUGAUUCACGAGAUAGGUUUCGUUAUAAAGGGUAUGAUUUGAUUGAUUUUAAAAGAGCCUUUCAUACUCAAAGUUCCUUUUCAGAAGGUACUGAUGCUUGGUCUACAAUAUUUAUUGAGAAUCAUGAUCAACCCAGAUCAAUUUCUCGAUUUGGUAAUGAUUCACCUGAAUUCAGAGUUCAAUCAGGUAAAGCUUUAGCAACUUUACAAGUGGCAUUAACUGGGACUGAAUUUAUUUAUCAAGGUCAAGAGAUUGGAAUGAUUAAUCUUCCUCGAAGUUGGGAUAUAAAAGAGUAUCAGGAUAUUAAUACUGUCAAUUAUUUCCGGGAGAAUGGAUCUAAAACGGGAGACAAUGAAAAGUUAAUGGAUGUUAUUAAUUUAAUGGCUAGAGAUAAUGCCAGAUCUCCAAUUCAAUGGAAUUCUUCAAGUCAAGGAGGGUUCACUAGUGGUACACCUUGGACUCGAGUUCAUGAUAACUAUGAACAAAUCAAUGUCGAAUCACAACUCCAUGACCCAACAUCAAUGCUUAGUUUCUGGAAACAAGCUAUCCGGUUAAGAAAACAGUAUAAAGAACUAUUUGUUUAUGGAAGAUUAGAAAUCUUAGACUGGGAAAAUGAGAACAUUUUUACAUUUCUUAAAAUUGACGAAAGAGGAAACAAAGCUUAUGUGGUUAUAAACUUCACUGCUAAAUCAGUAAACUUUGUUAAUUUACUUCCAGACAAGACACUAACUUUAAUUCUUAGUAAUCAAAGCAAAGAAUUAAGUGAGACACAAUUAAUGCCUUAUGAGUCAAGAAUAUAUUUGGUACAAUGAAUUCAUUUAUUCAUUUAUAUAUAUA